AUGAAAUUGGCGAAGAGUGCCAAAGGCCUGAUCAAGGGUCUGGCACCAAAACAGAAACAGACCCGACAAAAGACAACAAAGCCCUUGAAGCCCUCGCCCUUGACGACCUCACUCCCACGCGGUCAUGUUGGAUUAGAUACUACAGAGCCAGAUAAACUCUCGAGGGUCGGAGAACAAGACGAACACGAACACGCGGCGCGUCCAGCCAACAUCAUUGCGGAGGCACAGCGGGCCGCGACAGGGAAGUCUGCUGCAGUGAUCCUGGGCAGGAGGCCGAGACACGACAUGGGCCAUCCUGCCACUGCCAUUGCCAUCCACGAGGACCAAGACGCCUCUCUGCGCGAUCCUACUACACGUCGCUCGCACAAGGCUGCAAAUGCCAGUCUUACUGCCACCGUCGGUGCCGAUGAAAUGGUGCAGACAUACUCGGACGAAGAAGAGUCCGAAGACAACGGCUCCUGCUAUUCUGAAGAGUCCGAGGCCAGCGAGGACGACGUCGACGAGAGCGUGGUAGAGGACAUGCGCAAACUGGAGGAGAAUUUCAAGGGCAUUUCCCAGCGAUACAGACUCAUCAACCGGAUUGGCGAAGGAACAUUCUCCACCGUCUACAAAGCCGAACAACUGCCCCAGCCGGACGAGGUCGACGAGAACGACGAACCUGCCGACGACGAUGCCGAUCCAGACGCACCGCCUUCCAAGAGGCGGAAAACCAAUGCUGCUGUCGGCAAGCCUACAAGGUCACGGCGCAAACCGCAGAUGGUGGCCCUGAAGAAAAUCUACGUGACAUCCUCACCUCAUCGUAUCUUGAAUGAAUUGGAACUUCUCCACGAACUGCGCGACUCACCCUACAUCUGCCCUCUUCUGACGGCAUUCCGACAUCUGGACCAGGUUGUGGCGGUAUUGCCGUAUUUCCGACACCUCGACUUCCGUCUCUACUACCGAGACUUCCUAGUCAAUGACAUGCGCCAUUAUUUCCGAAGUCUCUUCAACGGCCUGUGGCACGUCCACAAAGCCGGUAUCCUGCAUCGCGACAUCAAACCGACAAAUUUCCUGUACGACCAUUCCCGUCGCGAAGGUGUGCUGGUUGAUUUUGGCCUCGCUGAACGGCAAGGCACCGACUGGCAGCCCUGCUUGUGCACCGAGGCCAAGGAUAAACGCAGAGAGAAGUUUCUCAAUUCCUUUGCCGUACAAGUGCUGCACACACAGCCGGACCUGAUUUCCACGGGCUAUCCCAAAUCCGACAGUCGGCCGUCACGGAGAGCAAAUCGAGCGGGCACUCGUGGAUUCCGAGCCCCAGAAGUCUUGCUCAAAUGCACAUCUCAGACUACCAAGAUCGACAUCUGGUCAGCUGGCGUCAUCCUCCUCACGCUGCUGGCCAGGCGAUUCCCCUUUUUCAACAGCGCCGACGACGUCGAUGCCAUGAUUGAGAUGGCUUCGAUCUUUGGAAGGAGAAAGAUGCAGACCGUCGCGGCCAUGCAUGGACAACUGUUCGAGACCAACAUUGAGACCAUUGGUGAGCGAGGGUUUACGCUGGACAAAAUCAUUAUCUGGGCCAGCUGCCGCGAAAAGGAACACGACACUCUUCGAGCGGGUGAGGCUCAAGCGGUGUCGUUCCUCCAAGGGCUUCUGGAGCUUGAUUGCCACAAACGGUUAUCUGCAAAGGAAGCGCUACAGCAUGAGUUCUUUACGGCCCCUGUUGAGGAUGAGGAAGAACGGGCCGAGAGGGAGGCGCAAGAAGCAGUCGAAGAAGCCGAGAGAAUGAAACGUCGUUAA